UUAGCGAUGCGCGGCGCAGUGCAGCGCAGCAAUAGACCCGUCCGUUUUUUCUGCUCAACACGUUCCCGACACAUCUCCCUGGCCUAUCCCCGUCUCUCCUGCUACAGCGUCCUCACACACUGCCUUGAGCUACCUGAGGGAAAGGGCACUCCGCCACAAAUAAAUCUGCGUUAAAAGUGGACGAUUUUCGCGCAGUAUGGUGCGGUAAACAUCGCUGUUUACUUCGCUAACGAGGACGACAACGCUGAGCGAGAUGGUAGACGUAUAGAGGAGCCUCUCUGCCCAUCGGAUCGCACGGUCUCCGCUCUGCCCAGCCUGCUGCAUCGCCGAGCGGCCUGUAAAGCACAACAUGUCGACUAGAACGCCAUUGCCGACUGUGAAUGAACGUGAUACUGAGAAUCACUCGUCGGACGGCUUCGUGGAGCCCCCCGUCCCGCCCACCAAGUCGGCCAGCCGCCACAGCCUGCCGCGAUGCCGAAACUCCCUGACCUCCACCGAGGAGCACCCCCACAUCGGCAACUACCGGCUCCUCAAGACCAUCGGCAAGGGGAACUUCGCCAAGGUCAAGCUCGCGCGGCACGUCCUCACAGGCCGAGAGGUGGCUGUGAAGAUCAUAGACAAGACCCAGCUGAACCCCACUAGUCUACAGAAGCUGUUCAGGGAAGUCCGAAUAAUGAAGAUACUGAAUCAUCCAAACAUCGUGAAGUUGUUUGAAGUGAUUGAGACGGAGAAGACUCUGUACUUGGUGAUGGAGUACGCCAGCGGCGGAGAGGUAUUUGACUACUUGGUGGCCCACGGACGGAUGAAAGAGAAGGAAGCCAGGGCCAAGUUCCGACAGAUUGUGUCUGCAGUGCAGUACUGUCACCAGAGGAGGAUCGUGCACAGGGAUCUGAAGGCAGAGAACCUGCUUCUCGACGCCGACAUGAACAUCAAGAUCGCGGACUUCGGCUUCAGCAACGAGUUCACGCUGGGCAGCAAGCUGGACACCUUCUGCGGCUCCCCCCCCUACGCCGCCCCGGAGCUCUUCCAGGGGAAGAAGUACGACGGGCCCGAGGUGGACGUCUGGAGCCUGGGGGUCAUCCUGUACACGCUGGUCAGCGGCUCGCUGCCCUUCGACGGGCAGAACCUCAAGGAGCUGAGGGAAAGGGUCCUGAGGGGGAAGUAUCGCAUCCCUUUCUACAUGUCCACCGACUGUGAAAACCUGCUGAAGAAACUGCUGGUGCUCAACCCCGUCAAGAGAGGCAGUUUAGAGCAUCCAGUCCACUCUUCUCUGUUUAACCUCAAAACAUCCAGUACAUGUAUACCUCCACCACCACCACCACCGCAAAUCAUGAAAGACCACUGGAUGAACGUGGGCCACGAGGAAGAGGAGCUGAAGCCCUACACGGAGCCCGAGACCGACUUCAACGACGGAGCAAGGAUAGAGCUGAUGAUAACCAUGGGCUUCCCUAAAGAUGAGAUCACCGAGUCUCUGCUGGGCCAGAAGUAUGAUGAUGUCAUGGCCACCUACCUUCUGCUUGGCCGGAAAGCUCCAGAGUUCGAGGGCAGCGAGCCCCUGGCUGCCGGCGUGCUUGGUCAGCGCCAGCGGCCCAACAGCGACAUCAACAACAGCUCCAGCGUCUCGCCCGCCCACCCCAAGGUCACGCGCAGCAUCUCGGCCAAUCAGAAGCAGCGGCGCUACAGCGAUCAUGUGGGUCCGUCCGUGCCCCCGGCGGCGGCCUACUCGAAGCGCGGCCAGGCGCUGAGCGUGGAGAGCGACCACCGGGAGGAGUGGGACGGGGCGCGCCGGCUGGAGCUCAACACCUCCAAGGGCGACGUCCCCGCCUCACCACUAGGGGUGCAGGAGAGGAAGAAGACCACCAGCGCCGUCGGGACAAAUGGCUCGAUGACGAGGAGGAACACGUAUGUGUGUGAGAGAUCCUCCACUGACCGCUACUCUGCCGCCAUCCCCAAUGGCAAGGACAGCAGUCUGACGGAGGUUUCUGGAAGCACCCCAUCAACCGCUCCCAGUUCCACGCGUCCCCGUCACACCAAGUCCAUGUCUGCGUCGGGGCACCCCUCCAAGAGCACCCUGCCCCCCAUAGAGGACAACACCGAGCUCAAGGCCAGCUCCUCACCGCGGGGCCCCUCCAGCUCCCCGUCGGCCCACAGCAUCAGCACCCCGGAGAAGAACCGCUUCCCGCGCGGCACCACCAGCCGCAGCACCUUCCACGGGGCCCAGCUCCGGGACCGCCGCAGCGCCACCUACAACGGGCCCCCGGCCUCGCCCACCCUCUCCCACGACACGGGGGCCCUCGCCCAGCAGCGCAGGGGCACCUCCACCGGCAUCAUCGGCAAGAUCACCUCCAAGUUCGUGCGCAGAGCUCUGUCUUUCAGGUCCACCCCCAGGGUGCCUAGUGAGGGAGAGGCGAGUGCCAGGAGUGAAACACCGAGAAGUGCGUCGGGGGACAGUAAGGACGAGGCGGGCCGGGACUCCAAGCCGCGCUCGCUGCGCUUCACCUGGAGUAUGAAGACCACGUCCUCCAUGGAGCCCGCCGACAUGAUGCGGGAGAUCCGCAAGGUGCUGGACGCCAACAGCUGCGACUACGAGCAGCGCGAGCGCUUCCUGCUGUUCUGCGUGCACGGCGACGCGCGCCAGGACAACCUGGUGCAGUGGGAGAUGGAGGUGUGCAAGCUGCCCCGCCUCUCGCUCAACGGCGUGCGCUUCAAGCGGAUAUCGGGCACGUCCAUCGCCUUCAAGAACAUCGCCUGCAAAAUCGCCAACGAGCUCAAACUGUGACGUGCGCCUUGACGGGAGGCAAUCCGCCGGGCGGGUGG